AUGGAGAUGAUGAGCUCCUGCGUCCGUUGCCCUGUGCUCUCGAUGCUGCUCUUUCUUCUAUUAACACUACUGGCCGGAGCUCAGCGAGCACCAACCACGAGGACAGAUCCAGUUGAAGUUUCCUCCUUUGCUGUGGACUGUGGGGGUGGAAGAUAUAUAUCUGGCUUAGAUCCUGAUAAUGCUAAUCUUGGAGCAGCAUCCUAUUAUGUUACAAAAGCACAAACCUGGGGUGUUAGCAACGUUGGGAGGUUCAUGGAUAGCUCAAAUAGCUAUUACACAAUAAUCUAUAGCUCACGCCCUUUUCAGAACACUCAAGAUUCAGAACUUUUUCAGACAGCAAGGAUAUCUCCAUCUUCUUUAAGAUACUAUGGUCUUGGACUUGAGAAUGGAAACUAUACGGUCACACUUCAAUUUGCAGACUUUGAUUUUGAAGACUCACUAUCUUGGAAGAGUCUAGGUAGAAGGGUUUUUGAUAUUUAUCUGCAGGGUGAGCGUACGGAGCAAAACUUUGACAUAAGGAAAGCAGCAGGCAGGAAAUCUUACACUGUUGUAAAGAAGCAGUAUAUUGUUCCUGUCACUAGAAACUUCCUUGAGAUUCAUCUCUUCUGGGCUGGCAAGGGCACUUGUUGCGUCCCGAAUCAAGGCUACUACGGUCCUGCAAUAUCAGCUUUGAGUGCAAAUCUAACUGCACCGAAGAAGGGUAGUGAAAUAGUUGUAAUUGUUGGAGCCGUGGUUGGUGUAGCAGUUUUAGGACUAGUAUUUGCUGGACUUUAUGUGUGGAGGCACAAAAGAAGAAAAAUAUCAUCGGAGCAGCAAGAGCUACAUUGCAUUGUUGGAAGAUCUAAUGUGUUCAGUUAUAGUUAUGGUGAAUUAAGCAACGCUGUUGAAAAUUUUAGUUCCACUAACCUUCUUGGCGAAGGAGGAUAUGGGUCUGUUUAUAAGGGAAGUCCAAGAUUGAACCUAGAUUGGUCAACACGCUAUGAAAUAUACUUGGGCAUUGCAAGAGGCCUUGCUUAUCUCCAUGAAGAGUCUAGCAUCUGUGUCGUGCAUAGGGACAUAAAAACCAGCAAUGUGUUACUUGAUAGCAAUCUCAAGCCUAAGAUAUCAGAUUUUGGGCUCGCCAAGCUUUUUGAUGACAAAAAGACACAUGUUAGUACAAAAGUUGCUGGUACAUUGGGCUAUCUUGCACCUGAGUACGCCAUGAGAGGUCAUAUGACUAAGAAAGUCGAUGUCUUUGCUUUCGGUGUGGUCAUGUUGGAGAUUAUAGCUGGAAGGCCAAACUAUGAUGACAAGCUUGUUGAAGACAUGGCUUAUCUUAUAGAAUGGGUCUGGAAACUUUACGAGGAAGAUCAUCCCCUCGACGUUGUGGAUCCCAAGCUCACGGAAUUCAACAGGGACGAGGUGCUCCGUGCCAUUCGCGUUGGCCUCCUGUGCAUCCAGAGCUCUCCCCGCCAGCGGCCGUCCAUGUCCAGGGUGGUGUCCAUGCUCGCAGGAGACAGCGAGGUAGGCGAGGCAGUGUCGAAGCCUAGCUACGUCACUGAGUGGCAGAUGAACAGCAGAGGGCAAUCGAGCUCGGAGCGCAGGGUGGAGGCCACCAUGUCCGCGCCGCUGUUCCUGAGCUCCAUCAUCGAUGAAGGCAGAUGA